AUCUGUCCAAAUACCCCAGGUCAGCAGAGUUAACUGUUAUGGGAGCCUGGUGCUGUGUUUACCUUUCUUAUCUGUUUCAUAUUUACACCAAAACACUACAGUCAUGCAAAGAGCACACACACAAAGCAAGAAGACGAACAGAAAGAAAAAGCAGCAGACAAAACUGGGUCCAGUACUUGUUUUUCCUGGGAUUUACUAUCUUAUACAGGUAAAGGAUCCUGAAUGCUUCUUCCAUCACUGGACUCUUCUUUCCUUCACCAUAACCAACUCAGCUAUGUCUCAACAGGUGGUCCAGGUCCAGCCGGAGAGUAGGGCUCAGGAAGCAGGUCAAUGGAGUACUGGCCUGUGUGAGUGCUACAAAGACGUAGGAGACUGCUGCUUUGCCCUGUGCUGCCUUCCAGUGUUUACCUGCAAGGUGACCAGUGCAGUGGGCGCGUGUCCCUGCCUGCCUCUGCUGGACUGUAUCGGCUGUGUACCACCGGCAUCCCUCGCCAUGAGGGCGUCCGUCAGGCAACGAUACGGCAUACAGGGGAGUGUGUGGAGCGACUGCUUGUACGGAUGCUGCUGCUAUCCGCUAUCUUGGCUCCAGAUCUCCAGGGAGCUGAAGAGAAGAGCAGCAUCCCACGCCUCCUCCUCCUCCUCUUCAUCAGCCAGAUACACCGCUCUGACCUCCCUGCAGGGGGCGCACUUGGUCUAGACACACGCUGCGCUCCUCUCUCCUGGCCUCCGCUGCCUCCUGCCCUCCAGAGUACAGGAGUAGAUUUAAUCACACUUCCUCUGGUCUGCAGCCACUCCCUGUUACCUCAGAGAAUUCAGCUGGGACACAAUGCGUCCCACAGAGAGGAAAGUUCAGUUUGAACCAAGAUGAAAUGAAAGAAGUAUGAUAAAACUAAUUUAAAUACUUGAGCAGGGCUAUUUUGAGUAACUAAUUAGCAUGUUAUAUUCUUUCACUGGGGGAAAAUAACUGAGUACACUACCUGAGUACACUUUUGAGGUACUUCUACUUCACUUCUUAUUUAUUACUUAUUUAUUAUUUCAUUUAUUUAAUUCUAUGUCACUAACUUUUUUUCGCCUCUACAUGUAUCUGACAUAUGAGAAGUUUUAUAAAUAAUCUGUUGCUAUAGAUUCAAUUAAACAGUGAUUCCCUUUUGCCCUGUGACUCCUUACAACAAACUAGUGUUGGGGCCAUUUAUGGUGUUUAAGAUGUCUAUGAGUUGUCAGAAAAAGGUAAAAAGAAAUUCCAAUAGCCUGAAAAAGUAAAACAGAGUUGUGUAGCAGAACUGUUUCCUUCUUUCCUCUCCUAUGAAUCAUCUCAUGGCCCCUCAGAUUUAUCUUGAUCUAUUGACAGAAAUUGAAUAUAAUAUCCAUAAGUGUGUUUUCAUUAGUGUAUAAUCAGCUGAAAAUAAGAAUCAUUGUGCUUUCAAUGAGCUGUUUUUAUCUACAGAGGGAGCGGGACUUCUUCUAUGGAGGCCGCCAUGUCUCUACAGUAGCCCAGAAAACCAAUUGUGGGACGAGGAAUCAGCUAAACUUGUGUUCUCUCCAAGUGUGAUGUCAGUAAAUAAGAGUAAGGUUAAGAUUACUCAGUAUGCAGCUAGCAGUGAAUCUCUGACUGAAAGUAUUCAAGUCAAGCCAUAGUAUAAAUAGUAUUUAUAUAUAGUAUUUGCGUAGGGCCCCAGGGAGGUAUUGUAGGUAAUCUGUGGAUAAAAAUAACUCAUUCUAAGGCAACAAGAACAUAAUAAUUCCUAUAUUCAUGUGAUUACACACUAAUUAAAACACAAUAUAUUCCAUUUAUGGCAGUGGAGCCUCCUAAAUGCUACACAUUAGGGUCACAAACAGUACACAAAGACUGUAAAGCCUAAAUUUGAAAAUAUAUAAAUUAAGUUUGAUCUUGCCACACGUUUACAAAGACAAAUUCCUGUUUGCAAUUUCCUAAAUAUGAUUAACCCAUUUGUUUGUAACUUGCUAAUCCGUGAACUGUUUAGCUUGAGGUUUUAAGAAGUCAAUUCUGGAAUCUUAUAGCCUCUAAUGUGACAUUAUGACAGAUGGACAUGGACUUAUGGACGUGUUAAUAGUCAGAAGAAAGCAGCAUUUAAAAAAAAAAAAUGUGUUCUCGAAAUUGGUAUUGAAGACAAACAGAUUAAUAAUGACAAGAAUUUAGACAUUAUAUAUGGAAAAAUGCUUCUUUCACUAAGCUGACACUGUAUAUUUUGUAUUCAAAAUCAAAAAUAAAAUUAUAAAUUGAA